GUGCUUAUUUGCGUCAUCACGCAACGCGCUGACGCAAUUCCGCUACGCGCGAAAUUUUGAGCUUUGCGUUCCAAACCAAACAAGAGACGGUUCCCGCUUCACACACAGUGAUAAUCGACUGGAUCGUUCAGAAUGGCGGAGUUGGGCUGCUAUUCUCCCAGCUUUAAAAAACCGUCUGAAGUUCUGCGGAUGAGACGGAAGCGCGCGCGGAGCGAAGGCCCGGACCGGAGGACGGUGGAUGGGCUUCGUCCGUUCUCUCCGGGGCCGCUGCUGAACGCACCGAGCCGAGCGAGCGGCGGCGGGAAGCGCAGAAAUCCGUUCGCCAACAUCGAGAACACGUACAACAGUCCCAAGAAGAGAGCGUUAUCGCAUAGAGACGGACACGACGGCGCUCUGGACGGUAGAAAGACGGCAGCUGCGGUUCUGGACGGAAAACUAAGCGGGAAACUCGGGGAAGAACGCGCGAACGCUGGAACAUCAUUUAGAGAGGAGCUGUUCAACACCGAGCAACAAAAACAACACGAGAUAAAGACGCCUGUUUCUCUGUCUGAAGAUGCGGGUUUGUUUGAGGAGGAUCUGUUUGAGCCGGAGAGAUCCGCUGCAGUGCUGAAGGGUCCAGAGGCGGUUUGUGACGUGGCUCCAGCUGAAGUGUGUCUGGAGUUCCCUACCGAUUGGUCUCUGAAAACGCGUCUGUUGUUCACGUCUCCUCAGUCGUUCUCCUGGGCCGAGCAUCUGAAGGCGCAGGAGGAGGCGCAGGGCUUGGGCUCUCACUGCAGGGCCGAGUUCUCCAGCUUACCUGCUCAUAUACAGGAGCCGCGGGGCUGUGUGGAGCUGCGCUGUGGCUUUCAUCAGUGUCUUCAGUACUGGCAGCACCCGUCACUGCCCUGGCUCUCGCUCUUCCCGCGGAUCGGCGCAGAGCGCAAGUUCUCUGGCAAGUGCGUGCCGUGGGCGCAGGACACAGCGCUGCAGCAGAGUCUGAUGAGCGACUGGUCUGUGAGUCUGACGUCUCUCUACAGUCUGCUGAAGGCUCGACUCUGUCCGUAUUUCUAUCUGUGCUCGUAUCAGUUCACGGUGCUGUUCAGAGCGGCCGGUCUGAGCGGCGCUAAAGGCCUCAGCGCACUGCUGUCCCCCACCACUAGAGGGCUGCGCGAGGCCAUGAAAGCGGAGGGGAUAGAGUUCUCUCUCCCUCUGCUGGAGGAGACGAGGAAGAGCAGAGAGCGCAGUGAGACUGAAGGCGAGGAGUCUGUAUCAAGUGAGCACAGUGAAAACGAGGAGGAGGAUGAUGAAGAUGAUGACGAUGGUGGAUUUUCCUGGCUGAAGGAGAUGGGCGUCCAAGACAAGAUCAAGAAACCAGAUGCCAUUUCUAUCAAACUUCGUAAGGAGCACAGAGAGGUGCGUUUGGACCACAGACCAGAGUCGGUGGUGUUGGUGGAGGGUUCGAACACCUUCACGCUGCUCAACUUCCUCAUUAACUGUAAGAGUUUGGUGGCUGGAGCCGGUUCUCAGGCGGGGCUUCCUCCAACUCUACUGGCCCCUACAGCCUUCAGAGGGGCCACACUGCACACGCUCAAGGCCCGGGCUGUGAAUGUGAAGACUCGGGUGAGAAUGGGCUAUCAGGACGUGUGCAGUCUGGAGGUGACGGGACCCAUCAUGCCCCACACACUCCACGCGCUGACGCAGCUCCUCAAACCCGCUCAGAAAGGAGAGUUUUCUGUGGGUCUCUACACCCACGAGCCCACGGCCGUGCUGAACGUGCCCCUCAGCCAGACCUCUGAACCUCAGCAGCUGGAGUCUGUGGUACAGGAUCUGGGCCGAUGUGGCCUCCAGCAGAGCUCCAUUCAGCAGCUGGCGACGCCGAGCAUGCUGGGAAAGAGUGCGCUCCGACAGCUGCACAUGAGAGACUAUUCGUACAGCUGGAAGUCCUGAGAUCUGGCUCUGGGAGAACAUUAAUAGAGAGCUGACAAGCCCUGUCUAUUAAUAUCUGUGGCUUCCUGUGACGCUUACUUACUCACUUCUUCUUUAUAGAGACUGGGCUUGAAUAUAGUGUAGCUUUUAGGAGUUUGGACGGUCUAACUUGUUGUUUUAAAUCAGUUAUAUUUUUAUGGGCUGCAAUAAUGUUUUAGACUGCAUGUGUGAUUUACGGUUUAAUUUUUAAUCUUGAUGAGAAGCAACUCAUGACUUCCUUAGGAAGGAACAUGUAAAACUGUGUUAAAAGCUCUCAUGAUUAUAUUUUUGACUGUUGAAAUCCUUUUUGCCAGUGUAUUUAUCACACUUGUAUGAAUUUAUUAAAUGAAUAAGUUGAAAUAUUUUCUGCUAUGUGUUUCUCUUAAUAUUGUCAAGGAUGAGUGCAAAAAAUGCACAGAACAAACUUGUGUGAAGCGAGCAUUUAAAUGUGUGUGGCGGGGAAAUAAUUCGAGGUAAAUAGUUUGGUAAUGAUUACUGGUGAACUACAUUUCAUGUUAAUUA